AGGGUCAAUAAGUACAUGUAGGUGGUGCUAGCUAGUCUUAGGAUUCACCAUAAACAGACCAUUUUACCAUUUUACCAUUUUACCACUUUACAACUUUACAACUUUACAAUUCUCGAUAUCCAACAUCCAACAUUGUAGCCACAGCAACAUUAUUUUCCGAUAGCCUUGCCUUCGAAGUACCUACCUGCCUCCCUGUCUAGGUACCCAAGCAGAACAAAAAGCAUUCAAUCCAUCUGCAUUCUUCGCAUUUUGGUGAAUCGACGAUAAUAAUUCAGACAUCUAAUGUCUUGUAAAGAGUCGUCACCAUGCGGCCAACUCCUUUGAUCAUCAAUUGGCAUGACAAGAAUGCUCCCAUCUACUCGGCUCACUUCGAACCCCAACAUGGCAAGGGAAGAUUAGCUACAGGUGGAGGGGAUAACAAUGUGCGUAUCUGGAAGGUUGACUCGGACGGAGAGAAUCGAAAAGUCGAGUAUCUAUCCACUCUUUCCAAGCACACGCAGGCUGUCAACGUCGUUCGAUGGGCCCCAAAAGGCGAAACCCUUGCUUCGGCUGGAGAUGACGGUAAUGUGAUCCUAUGGAUUCCCAGCGAAACUCAUAACCCCUCCACCUUUGGGAACGAGGGACUCGAGGACAAAGAGACUUGGCGAACUAAACAUAUGUCCCGUUCCACCGGUUCGGAAAUAUAUGACCUUGCCUGGUCUCCAGACGCUACGUACUUUAUCAUCGGGAGCAUGGACAAUGUCGCUCGAAUCUUUCAUGCUGGCACUGGUGCUCUCAUACGACAAAUUGCCGAACACAGUCACUACGUGCAAGGAGUUGCCUGGGAUCCCUUGAACGAGUAUAUCGCAACCCAGUCAUCGGACCGCUCAGUCCAUAUCUAUUCGCUCAAGACGAAAGACGGUCAAUAUGCGCUAACCAGCCAAAACGAGAAGACGCCCAAGGUUGCUAGUCACGCCAGAGCUGAUCUACCCCAAAGACGCAUAUCCUCUAAUAGCCCCGUGCCCCCCGAUUUGAGUUAUCGAUCUCAGCUCGCCGCCGUGGAUACACCUAGCGCCUCGAUCGGAUCGCCAGUACCAUCCGCGCCUGGCACGCCACAGUCCAUGCCCCUUCCUAUGAACCCCCCGUCUGUAGUUAGUCAUAGCAGACGCUCUUCGUUUUCGUCCCGUCGUUCUGUGUCGCCGGCACCAUCCCUACCUCUCCCCGCAGUAAUGCCCUUUGAGCCAUCCCCCAAACCCAGUCAUGGAUUGGGCUAUGGUAUUAAGAACGCAAGCCUUUACGCCAAUGAGACUCUCACGUCUUUUUUCAGGCGCUUGACGUUUACUCCAGACGGCAGUUUGCUUCUGACGCCCGCUGGCCAAUAUCAAGUACAACACCAAGCAGAUGGCCCGAGGCCUACCUAUGAAAUUACCAAUACCGUCUACAUUUAUACCCGAGGCGGUAUUAAUAAACCCCCUAUCGCUCACUUGCCCGGCCACAAGAAACCCUCAGUAGCCGUCAAGUGCUCGCCAAUAACUUAUACAUUAAGGCAAUCCCCACCUGUCACGAAGCAUAUCACAAUUGAUACAUCUUCGGCGGAAGACCCCUUUCCAGCUCUUCCAGAGCCCAUAUCGAAGCCGUUACCAGCAAUGAUGGAUCCGCCUCCACCCCCACCAACAUCCUCGGGCCCAGAUGCUGAAAAGAUAUCGUCACCAUUCAAGCAUCUCAAUGUAGAGACCGGACCAUCGACACCUGGGCCAAAACCAACAUUUGCGCUUCCCUAUCGCAUGGUGUAUGCUGUAGCAACCCAAGACUCCGUCCUCCUCUACGACACACAGCAGACAACGCCCAUCUGCAUCGUUAGCAACUUGCACCUAGCUACGUUUACUGACCUUGCCUGGUCGAGUGAUGGAUUAACCCUUCUCGUAUCUUCAUCGGACGGGUUUUGCUCGACUUUGUCGUUCGCGCCAGGGGAGCUAGGCCAAGAGUACAAGGGUGAGCUCAUGGGCUCUAAGAUGUCGUCUGCUAUCGGCGCGGCCCCUUCAAUUCAGUCCACCACCCCGUUGCCUACGCCAACGUCGGCUUUCGCCCCUCCCUCGCCCUUCCCUAAUCAUCAGCACCGCAACUCAGCCACGUCCUUUGCUGCCCCCUCUCCUCCCGCUAUGGGAUCCUUCUCGAGUGUACGCCCAUCUUCGCCAGCCCGAUCAAACUCUACCUCAUCAAUCGCGACUCAAGUUUCGGUUAUGAACAAUCCGCCUCUGAUUGGCGGCAGCAUACCAAGUAUUGCUGCUACCAAUUCUGGAAAGGUAACGGGAGUGCCUAUUACAACGCCCCCCGAGACACCCGGGAGCUCCAAUGCUGCCACUGGCGGCGUAAAGCGUGAAGCUACCGAGAUCGACAAGGACGACACAUCAGCAGGUAGUCAACCUAAGAAGCGAAGAGUUGCACCAACACCGGUUUUAGAUUCCAAAACAUAGUGGAGAAGCGUGAUUCGUGGCCCAUCUAAAGGGCGGUGUGUGUAUCAUCAGACAGGAAGACAGGCAGAUAGGCAGGCAGACUACCGUAUAGGUGG